AUGUUUAUGAUUCCAGAACACGAGGUGACAACUCUCAUAAACGAUGUGUAUGCCAUUGUGGCGGGUUUGCCGCUUCCCUUCCUCGGAAUGACUGGAGUUAGUGCCUGUCCUCAGGUGACCAGAAGCAGUGACGGUUCACCGGCGCCCUGUCCCCUUGCCGCUGGAGAAGAAUAUACCUACAACAACGUCUUCCCCAUCGCGUUCUCUUAUCCCAACGUAGAUUUAAGAGUACAUUAG